AUGGCUAAAGAUAAGAAGAAGGCGGCAGCGGGAGGCAAAGCAGCAGCCAAGGCUGCAAAGGCUGCUAAGCAAGAGAAGAAGGCAGGCAAGAAAGACAAGAAGGUCGCAUCCAAAACACAGGAAAUCGACUCUGAUGCGGAAGAUGUUGACCUGGAUGACAUCUUAGCACAGUAUGCAAAAGAGCAGGAACAACACCAUGCUAUUACAGAGAUACCCGCUGAGCCGCCCUCUGCCCGGACUUCGAGCACCCUCCUCGCCAACCCGGCGAACGAGAAUGAGAUCUUCUUGUUCGGAGGCGAAUAUUUCAACGGAGCCACCGCCAAGUUCUUCAACGAUCUGAUGAUUUACAACGUCAAACAAGAUUCUUGGAAGCAAGUCACAAGUCCAAACUCACCACUACCUCGAUCUGGACAUGCUUGGUGUCGCGCUGCCAACACAAAAGAGAUUUAUCUGUUUGGUGGAGAGUUUAGCUCGCCGAAGCAAGGAACCUUCUAUCACUACAACGACUUCUGGAAGCUCGAUCCGGUCUCUCGAGAAUGGACACGCAUGGAGGGAAAGAGCAAGACCGCUGCCCCACCAGCACGAAGUGGACAUCGCAUGGUUGGUUUCAAACAGUACAUUAUCUUAUUUGGGGGAUUCCAGGACACAUCUGCGACCACCAAAUACUUGAAUGAUCUUUGGAUCUACGACUGCGUCAACUUCUCAUGGCACACGCCAAAACUGCAAGCAGCUCGCGCAGUACCAGAUGCACGAUCGAGUUUCAGUUUGUUGCCGCACGAGCAAGGCGCAGUCAUCUAUGGCGGUUACUCUCGUGUCAAGACGCAAGCUGGCGGCAAGCAACAGCAGCAAGGCAAGGGCAAGAAGAGCAGCAGUGGCGGUCCGGCAUCGCGCAUGGUGCUAAAGCCGAAGGUUCACGACGACACCUGGUUCAUACGCAUCACACCACCACCUGCUGAUCAACCAUCCACUACCCUUCCAACUGUUUCUUGGGAGAAGCGAAAGAAGCCCGCGAAUGCACCAAACCCGCCGCGUGCAGGUGCGACAAUGGCUUACCACAAAGGUCGCGGUGUCCUUUUUGGCGGUGUGCAUGAUGUGGAAGAAAGUGAAGAGGGCAUUGACUCCGAGUUCUUCAAUCAGCUGUUCAUCUGGAAUGUCGAGCGCAACCGAUACAUGCCACUCACUCUACGCCGGCCGAAAUUGAACGCUAACAAGAAGGCUGCACAGCAAGCGAACAUCAGCCGACGAGAUCGUGGCAAGGCCGCAGAAGAAGAGCUGCUAGCUAAUCUCAAGGCUCUCGAAAUGAAAGCCGGUGUAGUCACAGAUGCGGAUUCGGAUGACAAAGCGAAGAAAGCGAAGGAAGAGGAAGAAGAUGAAGAGGCACGUCCAGAGAAGCCGAAGAUAUUCGAGUUCCCACAUCCACGUUUCAACGCCGCACUUACGGUUCAAGCUGAUACACUCUACAUCUACGGUGGUACCUACGAGAAAGGUGACCGCGAGUUCACCUUCGAUGAGCUCUGGUCUGUCAACCUCAAUCAUCUAGACGGUGUCACUGAAAUCUUCAAGCGCGAGCUCGAAGACUGGCAAGGCAGUGAGGAUGAAGCCGACUCAGACGAAGACUCCGAGGAAGACUCCGAGGAAGAAGAAGAAGAAGGUGAUGAGGACGACAAGUCUGUAUCGACAGCACCCACGAGUGUCACAGAGUCUCCUGCUAUUGCACCCAUUCACUCCGAAGACCUUGGUCCCCAGGAAGAGAUUUCUGCGCUCACCGAUACGCUUCCACAUCCCCGUCCUUUCGAAUCGUUGCGCGACUUCUAUGCUCGCACUUCAGAGCAGUGGCAAAAUCUCGUCCUGGAAGAGUUGGACAGGAAGGGAAAGAGCGCGGAGAAGAGCCCGAAAGAAGUCAAGAAGAUGGCAUUCGAGAGGGCAGAAGAGAAGUGGUGGGAUUGCAGAGAGGAGAUCCGUGCACUUGAAGACGAACAGGAGGCAGCGGGCAUUGGUGAAGUCGUCAGUCUGGCGGAUAAGGAAGGCGCUGGAGUGGGAAGGAGAAGGUAG